AUGGAUGGCAUGGACGAAGUUACCUGGCACGACGAUCCGGAAGAGCACGACAAUGACGAUGACGAGGCUGAGAAUCUUCAUUCAAUCAUAGAAGAUGUUAACAACAGAGAAGUUGAUCCUGAAGAGAUCAAGACCGAGAUUUCAGUCAUGCGGCAGCGGCUCGAGCGAGAUGUCAGUGCUUCUGAGGCCUUCGAGGUCGAAGUGGUAGUUGACCGCCAACAACAAGACAAUUCAAACGAGGUCAUACAUGGAAAUAUACAGGAACUCACUGAUGCCGUCAAUCGUCUGCUCGAAGUGAUCCAGGCGCAGCCCGAGGGUCCGCUGGGUAUCUCAGCUCGUAAUUGGCAAAGAGUCAAGUAUCUGGCUGCUGGGGGAUUGGCAGUCUAUGCAUUCACGUCGGACACUUUCCAAAUAAUAAGCUUCCUACAAGCUGCUGCGACAGGCUCGGUGUUUCUGCAAACCAUCGAAGCUCUCUAUGACACAGACGAUCCGGCGACGAAGAAUCGGCAGGCGAUAAUUAAAUGGGUGAACCAAGACGAAGAUUCGUUUUGGAAAUCGUGGGUGUCCUUGAUUUUAUAA